AUGUCUCCAACUCAACAACCGCUGUCCUCCAAAGACGAUAAGAAACCUAAAUUGCCAAGAUUAGAAAAGAAUCAAAGAAUUCAAAAGCGACCCCUUCUCCACCCACCAAUUGCAUCACCCCGCUCCUCCUCGGAAAAAGUUAUCUACGUCUCUCACAAUUCACAAUUCAUUGCCAUUGUAAAACGAGUUCGCAAAUACCUCGAUGGCGCGGAGUUUCGCGCUGGACCUACAGUUUUGCCUAGCACGGACAGAGAACUCAUGGAAGAAAUUGAGGAAGGCAUCAAACACUCCAGAAUGGGCAAGAAGGCUGGCGGCGGUAAAAGUGAAGAGGUGGUAAUGAAAGGAACAGGGAAAGCAAUUGAGAAAACAUUGAUGUUGGCGAAUUGGUGGCAGCAACAGGAAGGUGUGAGGGUGGUUGUCAGGACGAAGAGUAUAGCGGCUGUUGAUGAUAUUGUGGGAGUUGACAAUGCAGAUGAGGAUAUGGGAGAAGGUGAGAGUAGAGUCAGAAGAGUCAGUGUGUUGGAAGUGGCUGUUUCAUAUAUUUGA